UGUGUCUGUGUCUGUGUCUGUGCCUGUGUCUGUGUGUUUGUCAGGUCAUCAUCUGACCUCACAAUACUGUGCCUAACAGACAGUCUGAAACCAUGAAAAUGUACUCUGGUUCGACAGUCUGACUAGGUACUAUGAACACUUGGGACUUGGAUACAAAGAACUACAGCACUGAAAUACUAUACAACCCUUUUAUGUGUGUAUACGUGUGUGUGUGUGUGUGUGUGUGUGUGUGUGUGUGUGUGUGUGUGUGUGUGUGUGUGUGUGUGUGUGUGUGUGCGUGUGCGUGUGCGUGUGCGCGCAUGUGUGUGUGUGUGUGUGUGGUUAAAUAUAUAUGCACCAAAGUGUAUUAUUAGUGUGAAUAAUAAUUUAAUAAAUGCAACCAUUCAAUAAAAAACAUCCCACAGAUGACAUAUAUUUUGUAAAUAAAGCUUAAUACAAUAUAAGAUCAAAUAUAAUUACACCUAAAGCACCGAUUACAUACAUUUAGUUAAUAAGGCUUAACAUGAUCAUCAAGCUAAUAAAAAUAUGUUUGCUAAAUGUAUGAUUUAGUUGUUUAGUAGUACUAGGAAUGUGUGUAUGAAGAUGUAGUAAAGUUGGUAAUCAGCAAUUUGUCUGAAUCAAUAAUAACAGAAACCACAAAAUGAAUGUUUUAUGUAUGUGUCUUUUUUUAAAUCUGUACAUAUUCAUCUAUUUAAUAUCAACUCUGUUUUGUGAACACACGCGUCAUCGACCUGAUGUUUACAACGGACACCGGAAAGGGAAAGGGCAGCGCGAACUCCGAACCGGAAGUUUUUAUAUUUCCUUUCCGCCUCUCACGGACGGUUACCACGAUCAGUAACAGUUCCGUUAAUUUACCUAUUUGAUCCCUUAUCACAAAGAAUACAAUUCAAUGACACACGGACUUACUGGCAGUUAAUUCGCCUCUUGAUAAAUAAUGCUUAAUAUUUUAUUGAGGCCAACGUGAGCAGCUCCCGCCCAGCUGUCAUGGCGGCGCCCGUGGCGGUCCAGGUCCCCGCGAUGAGUAAAAAGCAACGCUUGGCUGUUUUGAAGAAGGAGAGAAGGAAGCGUAAACGUCAGGCUUUAGCCCAAGCCAGAGAAGGCGAUGGAGAGCGGCAUAGGCCUGAGGAAGAGGAGGAGGAUGAGGAGGAGGAAGAUGUCUGUGAUGGGGAAGCUUCUGUCCAGGAGAGACAGCGGCACCAUGAGGAGUGGCUGGGGAGAGAGAGGCUCGCUCAGGAGGCCUUCCAACUCCGGGCCGAGAGAGAGGAGACCGCCAGGAAGAGGCAAGAGGACGAAGAGCGGAGAAUAAAGGAGGAGUGGGACACCCAGCAGAAGAAGGAGGAGGAGGAGAAGGAGCACAAGCAGCAGGAGAAGAAGAACAGAGAGGAGGCUGUUCAGAAAAUGUUGGACCAAGCAGAGAGUCAGCUCAGUAAACCGGUUCAGUGGAUGAACCCCGAGGCCCCCAAGACGGAGAACUCUGAGAACUACGGAACCGAGCGCGACGGGCAGAACUGUCCCUUCUUCCUGAAGACGGGAGCGUGUCGAUUCGGAGACAGGUGCUCGCGGCGGCACGCCCACCCCCCGUCCAGCUCGACCCUGAUGAUCCGGGGGAUGUUCGUGACGUACGGCAUGGACCAGUGUCACCGCGACGACUACGACACGGACGCCUCUCUGGAGCACAGCGAGGAGGACCUGCACGACCACUUCCUGGAGUUCUACCACGACGUGCUGCCCGAGUUCCAGAGCCUCGGACGCGUGGUGCAGUUCAAGGUCAGCUGUAACUUUGAACCACAUUUAAGAGGAAACGUUUACGUCCAAUUCAGCACGGAGGAACAGUGCAUGGAGGCCUACCAGAAGUUCAACGGGAGAUACUACGCGGGCAAGCAACUCACCUGUGAGCUGUGCCCCGUCACGCGCUGGAAGAACGCUAUCUGUGGGCUCUUCAACAAGCUCAAGUGUCCGAAGGGGAAACACUGCAACUUCCUGCACGUGUUCCGUAACCCGGGCGACGAGUUCUGGGAGGCGGACCGCGACAUAUCCCCCGACCGAACGGGGGAGGGCUCCCGCCGGGGGGGGUGGGGCUCGGAGCGGAGGAGUGAGCGGUCCUGGCGGAACCAUCGCCACGGCAGCAGGAGCCCGCCGCGCUCGGAGCGCUCCGGCACGGGGAGGCGGGGCAGUGAGAGGAGGGGGAGUGAGAGGAGGAGGAGCCAGAGCAGGGAGAGGAGGAGGAGGAGCCAGAGCAGGGAGAGCGCUCGCAGUCACAGGAGAGUGGAGAGCCUGCGGAGUGAGAGUCAGGCGUCCAGAAGGAGGCCUGCGAGCAGCAGGGGGGAGCGCUGCCGGAGCCGCAGCCCGAGUGGCGGCCAAGAGAGGGACAGACUCGGGAACAGGAGCAGGGAACGGGAUCGAGAGCGAGACAGCCACAGGAGUAGAGAGCGAGACAGGAGUAGAGAGCGAGACGGGUCUCCGGACGGAAGCCCGAACGGGGACUCGCGGGGCGGCGGCAAAGACGGGGAGAGGCGGCCGAAACGGGAGAGGAGCGCCCGUCGGAGCCCGGAGAAACAGAACCACGAGGACGGAGAGGGGAGGGACAGGAGCUCAGACGACGCCAACCCCUCGCACCAUCGCCAUAAACGCUCCAAAAAGAGCAAGAAGAAGAACAAAAAGAAACUCAAGAAGAAGAAGAGGAGCCGGUCGGCCGAGGUGAUCAGUUCCUCCGGGGAUUCGGAGAACCAAGACGACGCGGACGUGGAGAUCAAGGAAGAGACGUCUCCCCCGAACACCGGGGACGGUGUCCUGGAGGUGUCGUCCGCCGGGCUGAGGCCUGACCCGCGUGUUGAACCUCAGAAUGCGGCCGAGUCGCAGUCUGUUCUGGAGGAGACCGCGGAUCCCCCUGAGCUGCCUUGCCAACAGGAGGAAGAUGAGGACGUUAUCGAUGUCAAACCACAGCUCUGAUGGCUCUCUCUGUACAUAAUGGUUUUUUAAUAAGAGGAUUGACGGAGCUAGUGCUAGAUUACAUAGCAUUUAGUGAAUAAAAAAAAAAUUGAAAACAGGCUUUUUGUUUUGGGAUACAUUUAUUGUUAAUUAUCAGAAGAAAAUGCACCGGCAGUGUUGAAUAAAGUGAUAAAAAGCAUAAUUAUCGCAAAUGAAUCAAUCCAUGGAUGACUGCAAUAAAAAAACGGAACUUGUUAAAAGUGCACCUGCUAACCGCAUAAAAUAGGAUUAGCGUUUGAUAUCGUUAAAGCGUAGGUCUGCUGCAUCCUGUAACGUGGAUUUAACAAACAUGCAACCUUUAGUAAAUAAACUAAAUACUUAGAAUGGGCCCAGAGCGCUGUAAACUGAUCUUAAGAGUUAGAAAAUCAAUCAUUAGAUUCUGUUUUUUUUAUUUUUUUAAAUGCUUUAAUUCCCUAACGACUAAUGUUAGCACAGUGUUCUUUGGUCAUUUUAACAUGUGAAUUAGCCAAGGAUACAUGAAUACUGUCUAAAUUUGUCACGUGCCGAUGCUACUCUCAAAAGGUUGAUUUUCAGGAUAAGGAAAGUAAACAAAAGCAAGGACAGACGGGGAACAUCGAUUGGACAAGGAAAUGGGAAUGUGAUUGCUCAUUCACUUAGACGAAACGAAAUACAGCAACGGUGAACGUUCUGUAUUCACGCAUGAAGUCCUGGGGAAUGCAGGGAGACUCGCAUCAUAUUUUCAUCUACAUCCAAUGCAAAUGAUUCUCAAAGCAGUGCUUGUUGCGGUACCAACCAUAAAUAAGAGAUUUAACACCACACGUAACAAAGACUGAACAGGACGUAAUACUACACUGCGGAUGUGCGGUGAAUGUCUUGCUACAUUAGUAUUCCCGGGCGUUUCCAUGGAUAUCGGCUGGAACAUACAGGAGGGAUGUGUUUCUCAGACAUGGGAGGAUUCGGUACGCGGGCGAGGAUGAUAAUACCAGUUGGCACAACAUUACGAAAAACAGCAAAGACGACAAGCAAACGAGAACAACAACACUAGAUCACAAACACAGGCCAGGGGGUGGAUGGACGUGGACCUGGGUCUAUGUGAGGCCAAUCUCCUCCAGGACACUGCGUGGAGCCUCGGCCUCCUGCCCACGAGAAACAGAGGAAGUGGUUAACAGUGAAAUGGUUUUGGGCUGUGCGUCGGUCAAUGGUUACGGGAAUGGGCGACACUGUGGCGCUGAAACGUCCACUGGCUGUGACCUGAUUACGUUUCUGUCUCCUACCCUACAGCCCCGUUAGGAAGGCUAGGAGAUCAGCAACGAUACAUAUAUCUACAUAAACACUACAAAUUCAACAAGCAUCAUUUAAGUUGUAAUUAAAAGUAUGAUUACCCCAAGAUAACCUCUAGAACCUGUCCUAAAAUCAUACGAUAGGCUAAGCUCGGUCCUAACAUCAUACGAUAGGCUGAGCCCGGUCCUAAAAUCAUACGAUAGGCUAAGCCCGGUCCUAACAUCAUACGAUAGGCUGAGCCCGUCCUAACAUCAUACGAUAGGCUGAGCCCGGUCCUAACAUCAUACGAUAGGCUGAGCCCGGUCCUAACCUCAUACGAUAGGCUGAGCCCGGUCCUAACAUCAUACGAUAGGCUGAGCCCGGUCCUAACAUCAUACGAUAGGUCAGCCCGGUCCUAACAUCAUACGAUAGGCUGAGCCGCCCUGUCCUAACAUCAUACGAUAGGCUGAGGCCGUCCCCACCUCCUGCAGCAGAUCGGCCUGCUCGAUGGCCUUCAACACGUUCUUCUUGGACGUCUCCUGGGCCUCUCCGCCCAGCAGGAACUCGUCCAGGAUGAAGUAGGCCUUCUCAAAGUUAAAGAUGAUGUCCAGCUCGCAGACCUGUUGAACCACACCCCCACA